GGACGCCAAGCUCCGCUCGGGACGGACGGGUGGGGCCUGGCCGCUUGUUGUCGUCCGCCGCCGCCUGAGGAAACGCUCGGUCGCCGCUCGCUCCGCCGCCGCUCGGGGAUCCCUCAGAUCUCCCUCAGCCGCUCGCUGCGUCCCGAGCACUCCGCGGCCAUGUCGGGGUGGGCGGAGGCCCGGCGGGCCGGGGUGAGACGGCGGACGGCGGCCGAAGCCCACUCGCCCUCCUCGAGCUUUUCCCGGAGACGCUGCCCCUUACGCACGCCCCGAGCCUGAAGGAGCACCGCCGCCAGAAGGCCGCACCGGGACCGGGAGACGCCGGACAGACGCCUUGCUGCCGCUGCCGCACAGGGAAUCGCUUUGAGCCCAGCACGGAGACAAUGAAGCUGUUGGAAAACUCAAGUUUCGAAGCAAUAAACUCCCAACUGACGGUGGAGACGGGGGAUGCCCACAUCAUUGGGAGGAUCGAGAGCUACUCCUGCAAGAUGGCCGGCGACGACAAGCACAUGUUCAAGCAGUUCUGCCAGGAGGGCCAACCCCACGUCCUGGAGGCCCUGUCACCCCCUCAGACCACGGGGAUCAGCCCCAGCAGGCUCAGCAAGAGUCAGAGCGGUGACGAGGAGGGGCCGCUGAGCGACAAGUGCAGCCGCAAGACGCUCUUCUAUCUGAUCGCGACGCUCAACGAGUCUUUCCGGCCCGACUACGACUUCAGCGCCGCCAAGAGCCACGAGUUCAGCCGGGAGCCCAGCCUCAACUGGGUGAUCAAUGCUGUCAACUGCAGUCUCUUCUCUGCGGUCCGCGAGGAUUUCAAUGCCCUGAAGCCACACCUGUGGGAUGCUGUGGAUGAGGAGAUCUGCCUUUCUGAGUGCGACAUCUAUAGCUACAACCCAGACCUGGAUUCAGACCCCUUCGGAGAGGACGGCAGCCUCUGGUCCUUCAACUACUUCUUCUACAACAAGAGGCUGAAGAGGAUCGUCUUCUUCACCUGCCGCUCCAUCAGGUCAGCCCACGGCGACGGCACCCUGAACGACUUGCUGUGCACAGCGUGUCAUAGAGCCAUGGAAGGGGUUGGGUUGGAAGGGUCUUGGAAGGUCACAGAGCCAUGGAAGGGUUGAAUUGGUUUGGAAGGA